AGGCCCGACUGGAAGCGGAAGUGACUCUCGGAGGCGUUUUUGCUGCUUGUGUCAGGAGCAUCCUCACACUUUAAUUCCGAGAGGUCUCUGAGGGAGGUGUUGAGUACUUUGUAAGCAUCAUCUCAUUUCAUUUUCGUAACUCUAUGAGGGAGCCCCUGGGUCAGAUCUUCCUCCGGACGCCACCUCACCUCUCCUUAGCAGCUCUGCUUGAGUUUACAGAUGUCCGCCAAGCUUUAGGCUCCUGAGAAUAAAAGUUGAGACCCAGCAUGACCAUGCCAGCUAAUUGGACCUCUCACCAGAAAUCCCUGGGCCUGGCUCCAGAGGAACAUGACAGCUCAUGUGAGGGAUCAGUGUCCUUCAGGGAUGUGGCUGUAGACUUCAGCAGAGAGGAGUGGCAGCAGCUAGACCUUGAUCAGAAAAACCUGUACCGGGAUGUGAUGCUGGAGACCUAUAGCCACCUGCUCUCAGUAGGGCAUCAAGUUCCUGAAACAGAGGUUUUCAUGUUGGAGCAAGGAAAGGAGCCAUGGGCAUUGCAGGGUGAGAGCCCACAUCAGAGCUGUCCAGAAGAAUUGUGGCAGACUUAUGACCAGAUAGAGAGCUAUCAACAAAGAGAAAACAAAUCUUUAAGAGAUGUUGCUUUCAUCAAGAAAAUAUUGACUAUAAAGAGGGAUUAUGAAUAUAAGGACAGAAAAAUAAUUCAUGUGAGCCAAAACAUUCCUUCCCCAGAGAGACCUCAUCAAUGUGACUUAUAUGGAAGUGCUUUAAGCCAUAAUUUAGAUUUACACGGUCAUAAUAGAAACAGUGGAUCAAAGAACAUUAAUAAGAUUACUGAAUAUGGUAAAAUUUCUUCCUAUACUAAACAUGAGUGUACUCCAACAGGAGAGAAAUUAUGGGGCCAUAAUCAAUGUGGAAAAAUCCUCAGCUUUAAACAAGUACCCUGUCAACAUCAGAAAAGUCAUACUGGGGCAAAAUCUUAUAAAUGUGCUGAAUUUGGAAAUAUCUUCACCCAGAAGUCACAACUCAAGGUACAUCUGAAAGUGCAUACAGGAGAAAAACUGUAUGUAUGUAUUGACUGUGGGAAGGCUUUUGUACAGAAGCCAGAAUUCAUUACACAUCAGAGGACUCAUACUAGAGAGAAGCCCUAUAAGUGCAGUGAAUGUGGGAAAGCCUUUUUCCAAGUGUCUUCUCUUUUCAGGCAUCAGAGAAUUCAUACUGGAGAAAAACUCUAUGAAUGCAGUGAAUGUGGGAAAGGCUUCUCUUAUAACUCAGAUCUUAGUAUACAUCAGAAAAUUCAUACUGGAGAGAGACACCAUGAGUGCAGUGAUUGUGGCAAAGCAUUCACGCAGAAGUCCACACUCAAGAUGCAUCAGAAAAUUCAUACAGGCGAGAGAUCCUAUAUAUGUAUUGAAUGUGGACAGGCCUUCAUCCAGAAGACACACUUGAUUGCACACCGAAGAAUUCAUACUGGAGAAAAACCAUAUGAAUGCAGUAACUGUGGGAAGUCCUUCAUUUCUAAGUCACAACUGCAGGUACAUCAACGAACUCACACAAGAAUGAAACCGUCUAUAUGCAACGAAUAUGGGAAGGUUUUCAACAAUAGUUCCAACCUCAAUACACAUAAGAAAGUACAAACGAGAGAGAAAUCUUCCAUAUGUACUGAGUGUGGUAAGGCCUUUACGUACAGGUCAGAGUUGAUUAUACAUCAGAGAAUUCACACCGGAGAGAAACCUUAUGAAUGCAGUGAUUGUGGAAAAGCCUUCACUCAGAAGUCAGCACUCACAGUGCAUCAGAGAAUUCAUACAGGAGAAAAAUCAUAUAUAUGCAUGAAAUGUGGGCUAGCCUUCAUCCAGAAGGCACACUUGAUUGCCCAUCAAAUAAUUCAUACAGGAGAGAAACCUUAUAAAUGUGGUCAUUGUGGGAAAUCCUUUACUUCCAAGUCACAACUCCAUGUGCAUAAACGAAUUCACACAGGAGAGAAACCCUAUAUGUGCACUAAAUGUGGGAAGGCAUUUACCAACAGGUCAAAUCUCAUUACCCAUCAGAAAACUCAUACAGGAGAGAAAUCCUAUAUAUGUCCUAAAUGUGGCAAGGCCUUCACACAAAGGUCAGACUUGAUUACACAUCAGAGAAUUCAUACUGGGGAGAAACCUUAUGAAUGCAGUACCUGUGGAAAAGCCUUCACCCAGAAGUCACACCUCAAUAUACACCAGAAAAUUCACACUGGAGAGAGACAGUAUGAAUGCCAUGAAUGUGGGAAAGCCUUCAACCAGAAAUCAAUACUCAUUGUGCAUCAGAAAAUUCAUACAGGAGAGAAACCCUAUGUGUGCACUGAGUGUGGAAGAGCCUUCAUCCGGAAGUCAAACUUUAUUACUCAUCAGAGAAUUCAUACUGGGGAGAAACCUUAUGAAUGCAAUGAUUGUGGGAAAUCCUUCACCUCCAAAUCUCAGCUCCUGGUGCAUCAACCAAUUCACACAGGAGAAAAACCAUAUGUGUGUGCUGUAUGUGGGAAAGCCUUUAGUGGCAGGUCAAAUCUCAGUAAACAUCAGAAAACUCAUACUGGAGAAAAGCCCUACAUCUGUUCUGAAUGUGGGAAGACCUUCAGACAAAAGUCAGAACUGAUUAUACAUCACAGGAUUCAUACCGGAGAGAAACCUUAUGAAUGCAGUGACUGUGGUAAAUCGUUCACUAAGAAAUCACAGCUCCAAGUGCAUCAACGAAUUCACACAGGAGAGAAGCCUUAUGUGUGUGCUGAGUGUGGGAAGGCCUUCACUGACAGAUCAAAUUUGAACAAACACCAGACAACGCACACUGGAGACAAACCCUAUAAGUGUGUAGUCUGUGGGAAAGGCUUCGUUCAGAAAUCAGUUCUCAGCGUGCAUCAGAGUAUUCACACUUGAGAGAAACAUUCUGAGAAAACGUCAGUGAGAUCAGAUUUUAUUUUACAUUAUGGAAUUCGUGCAACAGAAAAAUAUGCAUAUUAUUGUAACUAGAAAUGCUCCAUCAGAAUGUCACACAUUACUAUACAGAAGAGGACCUCUGAAAGGACCCUGAAUGGGAGGACCCCUUCCCAUAUUGUCACCAGCCUCAGUAAACCUUGGGACAUUCAUACUGAGAAGGAACUUUGUCAAUUAGGUACAUUAGAAGAAGCCUUCUCAUGAAAACUGUUACGGAACACUGUUACCAUAUUCUGCACUGGAAACAUUAUGUGAAGUCAUGUUAAUGAUAAUCCUGUUUACUGUGGAAUAGGUAACAUGCCAACAAGUUGAAUGGUAGAACAGCAUAAUAUACACGAUAACGAUAAACCCUAAGUUCUGUGAGAUGUUUGUUGCAGAACACAUUGCCUAACAGAAUUUUGUGUCAUUUUUCUGUUGAAUCAAACAUGGUCUGCGUAUCUAAUCCCUCAUUGCAUAUUUUUAUCAAGAAAGGGAUGCCACAAUAAAAAAAUUAUGUAUACAGAUAUAAACCUCAGAGUGUAUGUUGACUCCCCCAUUAUCCUCUAGCACCAUGAAUGGUAACCCCCCCUUACUAGCCACCAGUAGAGUGUUUUCAACUUUCAUACAGCACAUUGUCUUCUGACCCCUAAAUUGCAUUAUGACUGCCUAUUCGUGCUACCACUAUCUCCCAGACUUACCCUUAAUUAGCCCCCAGUAUAGUGUCCUGUGAGCUCCCAUUACCUUCAGGAAAGCUUCUGAAGUAAGAAUGUUCAGGCACCUCAGUCAACUCUUCACCUCAGUCUCUCUUUUGUUUUUAUAGUUUUAUAGUGCUUCCAGCUCAUUUGCCUUCCUUAAUGACUUGACCUUUAUAAUGACAAUAAUGAAUCAAUAACUCAUUAAAACAAACCCCAACAUACCUUCACUGUGUUCUCUCUACCCAUCUUCAUUCCAUGCACUCCUCAAGGACCUUCUCCCCCAUGUGCCUCAAACACAUCAGGUUAGGUCCUGCCUCAGGGCCUUUGCAUUUGCAGUGCCCUCUUCAAAGAGCACAGUUCCUCAUUAUAUCUGUGUGGUUUACUCCUUCGUGUCUUUCUUCCAAUGGCAUAUCUUCACAGAGGCCUGCCCUGCCCUUCCCUGCCUGACUGGCUUAAAAUUCCAUCACCCUCCCCUUCCUCCUUUAUCCUCUCCAUAGCACUUAUUACCAUGAUGCCCUGCAUAUUUCACUUAUUUGUCUAUGGUUCCCACUCUAGAAUGUUUUUCCCCGUUUUGUUCACUGUUGUGAACCUAGACCCAUGCCUGACAUAAAACAGUCCUUCUAUGAGUGCACGUUGUGGAGUGUUGACCCUGCUCAUCCCAUGACUUCCCUUUGAUCCUUUCUGUAUUGCAGCGUAAGAUGCUCCGAUGGGGAGAACCAACUUGUCUAAAACACACAAGGCUUUUUCACCCCCAGUCUUUACCUGGGCUGUGCCUCCUUCCUGUUCUAAAAGUUGUAACAUCAUUGUAAACCUUUUGCUCUGAUGCCAGCCCAUUUAAAGAAAGGACUGAGGCACAGGAAAUCAGUCCCACAUAGAUGGGACUUGAUGCUUGAUGUUUCAGGAUUCCCUUCAAUGAUUCUUAAACACCACAGUCAGCUCCAAAAUGAUCACAAAAGAGCCCACUCAUUCUGCCCGAACAUGCACAGUCCUGCCUUACCCCAAUUGCACCUUGAUGGGGUACCCCGUAAGCUGACCUACAGACCUGCUUAUCAUGCCCUGACAGGUAUGCCCAAAGCUAAUAAUAUGGAGAGGCCAAGAGCAGAGAAGGGUUGACCUUCCUUAGAAGUUAGGUGUGCAACCUAAGACUGGGGCAGCAGUGGUCUCACAGAUGCAUGCAGAGGGUCUGAUUGAAAGCUCAGCUGCUGGGUGGCCAAAUGAACCAGCAAAAUGGUUCCUUCAGGUCAGUCCAUUGGCGAUGCUGAGAGUGGAAAACAGUUGGGUUGUACAGAAAUGUUCUCACCUUUGUGAAUAGCAGCAUGAGGGUUGAGAAUGGGGACAGAACCUGGUUAAGGGGACAGGUCUAAGGAUCUUCCUGUAAUCCCCUCACCCAAAUUGGGCAGUGAUUAGUGACAUAUCAGAUUACCACACCUUAAAUCCAUGUCUAAUCCAUCAUUAGCUCCCCUUUAUCUCACCCCUUCACAGUAUCUGAUGAGCCACUGUACACCCUUCUCUAUGUUAGAACAGUAUCUAGUGACCCACUACCCCCUUUUACCUCAUUCAGCACUGCUUCUGGGGCUUCACACAAUGUUUUAUGACCCACCAUUUUCCCCCAAUUUAGGACAGUGUUUGCUGAUCCCGCAGGAGAGUGUCUGGAGAUCUCUCCAUUACCCUCUUCUUAACCCACCCCAGCACAAUGUCUGGACACCCUCCAUUAUCCCCCUUUGACUUUACUCCAUCACUGUGUUUGUCACCUCUUAUUACAGGAAAUAGUAUCUGGAGAUCUUCUCAUUACCUCUUCCAGUUACCUCCAGCAUAAUGUGUAUUACUUCACCCCAUUUGUGAAACAGUCUGCUAACCUCCAUACUCCCCGUUUAUUCCCACUUUCACCUAAAUAGUAACUGAUGACCACUUAUUACAAUCCUCAGAGUAGGAAACCAUGAUAUACCCCACCUAAUCCAACUUUUAAUAUUAUCUCCUGAUUCUUUCAUUACACCUCUAUCAGCAUGGCUUGUGUUUCCCUCCAUUUGUUGUCCAUCACAAUGAUGGUGACCAGUUAUCUUCCAUUACUCCACCUAGCAGUGUUUGUAACCAUCCCCAACACAGUAUGUGGUGACGCCCCCGAUACUCUCUCUGAACACUGGUGUGUGCCAUUAACCUGCUUCCCUAUCCCCAGAUAAGGGCAAUGACUGAUAAGGCACCAUAAACUUCACAUUAGCUAUCGCUGUAGGACCCCCAUUAACAACCGGCACAAAGUCUGUUGGUGCCCAUUACCCACUAAUACAGAUCUGUGACUCUUCCAUUAAAUCCAGGUAGUAUCUGCUAUUUCCCUAUUGGCCCCCAGUAACACAGUGUCUACUGAUUCCCCGUUGCCCACAUUGCUUCAUGAAGCCACUUAGUGUGGCUACUGCAAGUCCCCCAGUGUUGCUUCUCCAAGUCCCCACUGUUUGCCUGGACAGGAACCCUGGUGGAUGGAGAAGGGAUGAGGAUAGGGUCCUAGCCUCAUAGACACCCUCCAGGGAAUUGUUGGUCUGGAGUAGGCUGGGAAGGAUCUGGGAGACCCAGGAGAUCACAAACAGCUUCCCAUUUACUACGUGAGGAGUGAAACAAGCAGAAGAGUGAAAGCUGUCGACAUGGAUUAAAAUCCAGGUGCCAACCCUGAUGCCCAGUAACCUCCCCCGAGCCUCAGUUGCCUCACCUGUAAAAUAGAGUCAUGGAGGAUGAAGUGACUUAAUAUGGGUCACUUGAGGGGAGUAGGGCUAGUGGAGGCCAAUGAGAGGGUCCCUGUUGUUAAUGAUAUUACUAGUUACAAGUUAACACAAGACCAAUCUCUGUAUGGCUGUACCAAAACCUCACAGAGGGAAAUGUAUGUUAUUUUAUUGUAAAUUACUUUCAAUUAUUUCUCUUUUAUAUUUACUGUAACAUAAUAUUAUAGUACUGAGAUAUUUUUAAAGUCAGAUUUAUUGAGGUAUAAUUUACACACAGUAAUAGUCACCGUUAAAAGUGUACAGUUCUGAGAGUUUUGACAAAUGUGUACAAUCAUGUAAUCAACACCACAACCAAGAGAACAGUUCCUUCACUCCCCUAAAUUCCCUCCUAUCCCUUUUUAAUCAAUCUCUCUAUCCACUCCCAACCCCUCGAAAUCACUGAUCUGUUUCCUGUUUCUAUAGUUUUGCCUUUUUCACCUGUCAUAUAAAUGUGUGUGUAUCCAUAUAUAUGUAAAAAUGUGUCUCCUUUGGAGUCUGACUUCUUUCAUUUAGUGUAUUUGAGAUUCAUCCAUAUAGUUGUAUGAGAUACAAAUGGAAAUAUGCUGAUGAAAAGACAUUCAACAUAAUUAGUCAUCAGGAAAAUGCAAAUUAAAACCAUAAUGACAUACCACUACACACUUAUCAGAAUGGCAAUAAAUAACAUAGUACAAAAGUUGGCAAGGAUGUAAAGCAAUAGACACUUUCAUGCAUUGCUGAUGGGAAUGAUAUACAAUGGUAUCUCCACUCUGGACAAAAGUUUCACAAGUUCUUAUAAAGUUAACUACAUACUUAUCCUAUGAUCCAGCAAUCCCACUUCUAGGUAUUUAUCCUGGAGAAAUGAGAAAUUAUGUAUGUACUCGAAUGUUCACAGAAACUGCAUUCAUAAUCACCAAAAGAUUGGAAACAACCCAAAUGUCCAUCAGUGGGUGAAUAACUAAACACAAUGUAGUACAUCUAUACAGUGGAAUACUACUCAGCCAUAAAAAGGCUGAUUUAUGACACCAGAGAAAGGAAUGAUUCAUUGACACAAGCUACAACAUGGAUGAAUCUCAAAAGUAUUAUGUUUUACCAUGUGAUAAUUUAAAUUAUGUUUGAUAAAAGACUUUUUAUUAGAAAUUAGAUUAUAAAUAUACAUAAUUAGAUUUGUACAUUAGUUAUAAUUUUAU